ACCAACUUGCCGAGCGCGCGCAGCGCUGGUUUCCCCCUGCAGUAAGGAGUGAAUCUUUGCAGCGCAAGUCGACUCAUAUCGUGCCAUGGCCCAGGAUGACGAGCUCGAAGCUGUUCUGCAAUCAGCGGCAACGCGAGGCAACCGUGACCUUAUCCGCUCUGGCCAUAUACCCGACGCUCAAGGUCGAGCAGAGAUUGUCGACGACAUGCACGCUAUUGACCGCGUCCGAGAGCGUAUUGAGGCGCAGAUGGAAGCACUUCGCCACCAACUCUCUCGCCUCGAGAGACAGAAGGCCGUGAGCAACGCGAUGCUCUCGCCCAUCCGCGUACUCCUGCCCGAGCUGCUGUCCCUAAUCUUCGAGUUCGCCCUCCCGGAUGACUGGUGGAUGUACUCCGCUGGACGAAGGUCGCUGAACUUCGCCGAGGCCUGCACGACUUGGCGAGCUAUCGCUCUCAGCACACCACCGCUGUGGAAUCACAUUACCAUCGACCACCAGUUCCCAGUCAAGCGAUGGCUCCCCGCGGUCCAGCGGCACUUGGCGCGGUCUGGGGAGGUGCUCCUGCACCUACGAUUACUAUUCGAAACCAACUUACGGACGGUCAAGUGGCUUUCGCCUGUACAGGAGUACCUGUAUCCUCAAUCCCAUCGCUGGAAGGCUCUGACUAUGGAUGACCUACUGGAGAAGUUCGAAAACCUAGAGUUGUCUUGGCCGCGACAUCUACCGCUGCUCACACAUCUGCACCUCAUAAGGAAGUCCCGCAGUCCGCCGCCCUUUCAUCUCUUUGAAGAUGCACCCAUCACAUCCCUCAAAAUCACCCAGCUACAUACGCCGGAGCGGAUCCCUGCUCUUCCCGCGUCCUGGACCAUCACCACUCUUGCCAUCAAUUGCCCGCCUUUUGAGGCCGAACCCGAUUUCGAACGUUUUCUGGGCUUGUUCGCCGAGUGCAGCUCGACGGUGGAGCACCUCGAUCUCUCUUGUACCCAUAUGACGAGGACUCCCUUGUCAUUCUCCGGCGGGCUCCCCUUCCCCGCACUCAAGACGCUGAAGAUGACCUACCACGCAUCCCGCCUCUGCGUAUACAUCGGCGCGCCCAACCUCACCACGGUCUCGCUCCGCGGCUGCGCCUUCUCCACCCGAGGGCGUGACGCGUUCGAUAUGAACGCCUUCUAUAACAUGCUGCUGCAUCCGCCGUCGCGAGCCUCCCUCACAUCGGUCACUCUCUCCAACUUCGCGGGCGCGAUGGACCCGCUGAUCAACUGCCUGGACGUGAUGCCUGUGGUGUCGUAUCUGGAGAUCGAGAAUGCCGGGCGCGAGGUCCCGCGAGGGAAUAUCCUGCUUCGACCGCUGCUGGGAGCCUUGAUUCGGGGAAAGGACGGGGACGCUCAGUCCACGGAGCGCCUACCGAGGCUAACAACCCUGGUUAUGAAGUUUAACGGGCAUGGGUGCGCAGGGGUGGACUUGCUGCGGAUGAUUGUUUCCUCGCGAGCGACGACUGAUAUGUACGAAGGGAAGGAGCUAUUGGGGUUGGAGCGGUUCGAGACGGACCUUGGUCAGGAUUGGGCUCGACCACUAGCAUCCGACCUCAAGGAGCUUAUAGUAUAGCACUGGAGUUACAGAGUGAUGAUACAGAGGAAAUGUACAGCGGACUGUAAAGUGGCGAUGGAUUGUGAUUUGACAUGCCCCUGCGGGAUGCUGGAGACAACCGUUAGACUGCGCUCCGACGAGAAGAGAAGUCCACUUGCGGAAAGACUGUCAUACAUCCGGCGUGUCGAACUCUUCGUCUGUGUCCUCAU